UCCAAAACGUCAGUCGUCAACCGUUGCAUGACCCUGAAAUGUGUGUUUAUCACGCCGAACCAGCUUAUGAGCAGAUCCGUUUAAUGUCAGGGACGAAACCGACACUCGGCAGCGCCCCUUUUGGUCUCUCCAACACGGCUGCGGCCCGGGCCCGGGCCCCAGUCCGCGGUCCAGAGUUUGUUAAGCGGGCCGCCGAGGACUGAAGCGCCCGCGGUGCGUGUGGUGACCAGCCCGCCCCUCUCUGCCACAUCUACGGCGUCUAUCAUGGGAGACAGCAGAGAUUCCCGCAGUCCAGACAGUUCGUCUGUGUCCUCCCCUCCAUCAGGUCAGCGCUCCCCGCCGCUAGCACCUUCAGCUGCAGCCUCCAUGACCUCCCUCCCUCCAAUCACCACCUCUGGCGUCAACAGCCCCAUCAGUAGCAUCGGCUCCCCCUUCUCCGUCAUCAGCUCUUCCCUGGGCUCCCCCUGCCUCCCCGGCACGCCCUCUGUUGGCUAUGGCCCCAUCAGCAGUCCGCAGAUCAAUUCGACAGUGUCCAUGUCGGGGCUCCAUGCGGUGAGCAGCUCAGACGACGUGAAGCCCCCGUUUGGCCUGAAGCAGCUGUCGUCCCACAACGCUGGGCCGAUGCUCUCCCAGAAACGCCUCUGCUCGAUCUGUGGUGACAGAUCCUCUGGUAAGCACUACGGCGUGUACAGCUGCGAGGGCUGUAAGGGUUUUUUCAAGCGGACAGUCCGCAAGGACCUGAGCUACACGUGCCGCGACAACAAGGACUGCCUGGUGGACAAGAGACAGAGGAACCGCUGUCAGUACUGUCGUUACCAGAAGUGCCUGGCCAUGGGCAUGAAGAGAGAAGUGGUCCAAGAUGAGCGGCAGAGAUCUGUACAGGAGGAGCGUCAGAGGAACAAAGAGCGGGAUGGGGAGGUGGAGUCGACUAGCGCGGUGAAUGAGGAGAUGCCAGUGGAGAAGAUCCUGGAGGCGGAGAUGGCCGUGGAGCAGAAGACUGAGCUCCAUGCCGACGGGACCUCCGGUGGCAGCUCUCCCAACGAUCCAGUCACCAACAUCUGUCAGGCAGCUGACAAGCAGCUCUUCACCCUUGUGGAGUGGGCAAAGAGGAUUCCUCACUUCUCCGAACUGGCUCUCGAUGACCAGGUCAUCCUGUUACGUGCUGGCUGGAACGAACUCCUGAUUGCCUCAUUCUCCCAUCGCUCCAUCUCGGUCAAGGACGGGAUUCUGCUGGCCACCGGUCUUCAUGUUCACAGGAACAGUGCGCACAGUGCCGGUGUGGGAGCUAUCUUUGACAGGGAGAGUGCGCACAAUGCAGAGGUUGGGGCCAUAUUUGACAGGGUUCUGACAGAGCUGGUCAGCAAGAUGAGAGACAUGCAGAUGGACAAGACAGAGCUGGGUUGCCUGAGAGCCAUCAUCCUAUUCAACCCAGAUGCCAAGGGCCUGUCCAGCCCCAGUGAGGUGGAGCUUCUUCGGGAGAGGGUGUACGCCUCACUGGAGGCCUACUGCAAACAAAGAUACCCCGACCAGCAGGGCAGGUUUGCUAAGCUCCUGCUCCGGCUCCCAGCCCUGCGCUCCAUUGGUCUAAAGUGCCUGGAGCACCUGUUCUUCUUCAAGCUGAUUGGUGACACACCUAUUGACACCUUCCUGAUGGAGAUGCUGGAGGCGCCCCACCAGCUCACCUAGAGGAGAGUGGCACAGUCUGGUCCAGUCGGGAUCCGAUGCACACCAGGAUUUCCAACACGUCGAGCCCGUGUUGGCUCCUAUACCAGGGCCUCACCUUCUGCAGGGCCUGCUGGUUCUGAUGUCCCAGCUCUCACACUUAUACACACAAACACAAAUAUAAACACACUCACACUCACGUAUAUUGCUUAUCUUUUAAGCCCCUCAUAUACGCAAGUUAUUUGCACACAGAUGUUAUUUCUCUCACAGAAACACACACAAGCACACACUCAAUACAGCUGAGCUCAUGAUCCAGCUCUUGAAAGACCAUACGCUGUCUGAUGAAAACACACACACACACACACUUGCUUUACCAAUACUCGAGUUUUCCACCACAGGGGUUAAAAAUCGUGGAAAUAUUUUCCCCUUUUAAUCACACAAAAUACAGUAAAUGUCUUAAGUUUAUUUCAAGUUAGCUUUUAGCUUCCACACUUUCAUCUCAGAGUGUUGUUGUUUGUUUGUUUUUGGUUUUUUUUGCUUCUGCGAUAUCUACAAGAACUCCCCUGUGUGUGUUACUUGGGGUUUUUGGGGUCACGCCGCUUGCUUCAUGUCUGUUGUAGUGUAGAAGUCACCGGUUAGCCAGUUAGCUGUUCGUGUUUGGUUUUAGUUCACAAUCAGGUGUCUGGCAUUUCAGUCAACCGUUUCAGCUGUCGGGACAACGUUCUGAUUGGUUAAGAGCUGUCCGAUGAAGGACAUGAAGACACACCCUCUCGAUGAGUUCACCCAGUUCCAUAAACGUUCGAAUAUUUUACGCUUUUUUUUUAUAUUCAUGCUGAAACUUGUUUUGAGUUUCUUUUUUGAAGUACUGUACUCAUGAAAUGAGAGCUUUUUUCCCAAGGCAUUGAAAACCAGGAAAUGCGGGUGCGGAGUGCUCUGCUCCUCCCGCCUCACCCUGACGCACACAGUGGGCUUUGUAAGAAAAGAGGAUUGACUUGAAUUGUAUUGUGUUUUUUUUUUCAAUGUAUUUUGUCAAUUGGCCGGCGCAAGUGCGAAAUGGCUGAGGUUCUGCACAGCUAGGGGCUCACAGGAAGUUCAGCUUCAUGCCAGACAAAAUAGUAUUUGUUCCUUUUAAAUUCAUCCCCCCACGCCUAUCAUUGCCGGUGGUCAUGUAUGCACUUUGUGAGUUGUUAUUGUGUAAAUUUCCCCAUUGGUUAGAGAAAUGACCCUCUCUGAGACAGCUAGGGUGACCUUUAAGGUACUGCGUGUAGGGUUUUCUGAUUAAUGUGUGUCACUGUUAGACUUAGGGCAAGAGGUCAUUCUGGUGCUUGUAAAAGGUUGGGCUCUUGCAGACAAUAACCAGGGUGGGCAGUCACCACUGUCUGUCAUAAGGUCCUGGACCAGGCUUGCUGUGUUGUCCCUGGGAUUUACCUUACCUGUUACCUUGCUGUUACCUGAGCCCCCUCAGACUGACAGAUUAGAAUUUAAUUUUACUGACCCCAUAUUGCCAAACCCUGAAAAGCAAAACCUAAGGUGAGAUGGAAACAGCAGUCUGCUGAGGCAGUAGAUGGUCUCCGACGCUGACAAACACUAUCAUCUGGGUAGAAACACAGCGUUUUGAGGCUGUGCUUAAUGAAAGAAACUGAACUGGCUGCUAUAUGGUUGAGUGUGGCUGGUGAAAUUUGGUGUGUAUUGGAAGUAUUAGUCAACUUUCACCAGAAUUUGGUGAUUAUUUAGAUUGAGGCCAUUUCCCCACUACCAACUCCAUGGCUGUGAGAAGCCACUCUUCAGAAGUGCCCUCGAGAAAUAUGCUGGCUCCAUGCCGGUUCCAGGGGCACUGCUCAGAACCAUUUGAGCUUAACCUCUGACCUCUCUGCAUAGUUAAGAGGGCUGGGUUAAAGGAAGACUUAAUAGAUGAGUAGAGCAUCACAAACGUCUGUUCCAGUGGCCUAAUCUUUUCCUAGAGGGGAAUAGCAUCUGCACCAACUAAAAUGAGUACGAAAAACAAUGCCAACCAGGGCUGCAAAACGAAUCCUUUACAAGUGUAUGUUGUGAUUUCUGUCUCGGUAAUUUAGACUUGUCAAAUAAUAGCAUCUCUGCAAUAUUGGAACCUUGAACUAUAGUCUUUACUGUAGUUAAAAGUAGUGGAGAUGCUGAUAUGUUGCCAAAAAUCUCAUGAAAUAAUUUUGUUCCUAAAAAUCUUCAAGCCUAAUAAGCUUGAUUAAUAUCCUGAUGGCAGACUCUAGAAAAAUAAUUUGGAUUAUAGUCUUUAACUAUAUUUGUGCAACCCUCCUGCCAGUGGCCACCCACAGUAAAGGUUAUGGCUUCAAAGUGUCCUCCUGACCGAUUGCACAUCGUCAGCCUUUACGCCGCUCAUUAGCAGUGGAUCAUUGUUAAAACCCUACAAAGCACCUGUUGUUCCCUGUGGAGCUAUGGAGUGGAUUGCUGAAAAUUAGUGGAAAUCCUACACGUACUACCUGCUCCCAGCAGUACACUUACUUGGUGUUUGUUGGCUCAGUGUCAAAAACUGAGCGAAUGCAUUUUGGAGCAACGUAAAUAACACAACAACAACACUUUUUCAGGGGUCAUGCAGAAAGACAUGGCAGGUGUUGUGCUUAGUGAUGGUGUGACACGGUCGCACUCUAUGCAGCCGAUGGUAGAAUUUGCCUGUCCACAAAUUCAUAUAUAGCAGCAAACUUAUGCAAUGGCAUCAGGUAGUACGCGAGUACCUCUAUGUGCACAAUAUGUGGAGGAGAAGAAAAAAUAUAGAUCUAUUUUUGGUUGUUUCAAUGAGUUUGAAAGCCCCAUUUAGUUUUGUCAAGUCAAAAAUUGGAUUUGUGUCUUGCAUGGUAGUGGCAUCAUGGAAUAGUCAUCGAGCCCGGGGGCCAGAUCACACCUUCGUCUUCUCUUUCGGGCCACUUUCUACCAAUACUUCCUGUCCGUCGUGAGUAUGUGAUUGGGAGGAUACAGCGAUGACAGCCAGUUGUUUACUGUGCUAGGACAGCGUACACAGUGAAACUAGUCAGAUGCAGCUACAACACGACGUGGACAUUUGAAGGAGCUGUGUGUAAUUUCUACCUCCGUCAUUCAGUGAUGUGAGUAACAACUACAAAUUCAAAUAGAAAAGCAAGAGAUGCACAGCUCGUUUGCCAAAAUAUACAAUUUUCAGGCCUCUUCAGUAGACGCAGCAGUGAUGGCAGUAUAGUUUGCUGAGGACUGCGAGUACACGAGCAGAGUCCUUUUGGGGUCAUGGGGCAGGCAGGAGGUCGCAGGGCUUCAAAUAGCCUUAAAAAGCUGGCCUGGAUCCUGUGUUGUUGAAUGUGAAAAUCUGGGGUGUGUGUGGGGUUUGAUGUGGUGGAUUAAGUCCUGUUAGGGGGGUGAGUUAACUGUGUUCAAUCACGACCCCUCAGCAGUCCCUACUGAUAUAUAGUGGCCAUCAUUUUUUGGCAGUGAAGUAUUUGGGGAUGUAUAUCUAGGGUUUUGUAUUAGUCACCCCUUUUAAUGGGAACUAGAGACAUUGAACUUUUUGAAGUAUCGUUCUAGUGGACAGAGGUAGGACUGUCCUCUGCCAGGUGCUACAUUACUACUGUGGUCUUUUAGCUAAAGACUUGCACAUUUUCAACCAAUGCAAACACACAGCCGAAAGUAUGCAAGUACAUGGACACAUCACACUUCUGUCUUUUCAUUUAUUGAACCUGAGGUACUUUUUUCUUUGAUUUUUUUUUUCUUUAACCCUCAAAUGUAAUUGUAGGCAGUAGUGAUGGUAAUUCAUACUAGCUGCCAGCCCAACACUUGCACGUUUUGGUCAUGACUGGUUGGUUUGUUGACCUGCACUAAAUGCAGCAGCAUUUUGCAAGCCAGGCACUUUUCCAUUCUGAAAAUGCAGUUUGGCUGCAGAAACAAAGUGGGAAAAGUGUAGUUGAAGUUAAUUUUGGAAUUCACCAGCAGCUAUGGCUGGUGGGUUGGGAGGUCUGGCUCUCUGUCUUGCAGGCAGGGCCUGUAUUUUUCUCCCAGAGGAUCGGUCGUUGGCCUUCCCCUCAUGUGAUGGGGACUCGGAGGCCGGUAGGAUACCUGUGUAACAGGUGGCCCUUACUCACAGCCCGUGGCGUGUUACCAAGAGUUGCCCCCCAUGUGUUUGCAUGCAGGUAGGUUUGUCUAGAAGUGAAGGCGGCUCCAGAAGUUAGCCCGGCAUCAUUUUUGUUUGUCACCGCCGAAUCAAGGGCCUGAUGAUGAACAGUCACCACACAGAAAUAUUGAGCUGGUGCUAACCGUAGGCAUGCUGCUGCAGAAAAUAGGGUGCCACUAGCUUUGAUGGCGACAUUCACCCGCAGCCGCCACCGUUAUUGGCACAUGGACAAAUAGCACUGUGACGCAACCAAAUCUGGACACAGGUUCUGCUUUGGUGCUGAAGGAUUGGAAAGCAUGUGCACAAGGGACGGCUCCAAUUCCUGCUGUUUCUUCUUUCUUUUGUCAUUGAAGCAUUUGGAACAGAAUUCAGUUUACUUCUAGAAGAAAUUCAAGGCUGUGGGAAGAAAACCACGCGUGCAACUCACAAAGGAUGAUCCAACAGUUUUAUUGCCCCCCCCCCCUUGUGAAUAAUUGUGUCAUGUGUAAUGUCUGGCUAUUUUCGUUUGUUUCCUUGUUAGUUUUGGGGGUUCUGGAGAGAAUUUACUUCUUCUUUAGACCUUCCUCUGUGAAAUGUGAAAGCCUGCCGCCACCCAGUCGUGUUCAUCACCAGGGAUGGGCGCGAGUACGUCACUCGUUGAGUUUGCAGUGGGUUAUGAAGCGGUCACUCCAGCGCUGGCCAAGCUAAACGUUCACCCACAUCAAGUGUUUUUUCCAGACGCCCAGCUUUCCACAGCUCACCGAUGACAAUGAACUCGUGAUGCAUUUAACACGACAUGUCCUGCUGGGGGGAGUCGUUGUGGGUCAGCGGGGCAGGACGGGGUUAACAGUUGCGUGGUUUGGUUCACAACAUAAAGGCAUCACUUUAGCCCACUUGUGCAUCCGUAUUUACUCCUAAGCAGUCAGUUUUGUAGCGUGUCAUUCAUUAUUCUGCAGCAUAAGUCGUCAGGAUUCCCAUCCCGGCUCAUUAAAUAUGAUGUAUUUUUUGCUGUGCUGUUUCUUAAUCCUUGCUAAUUCACUUUGCUUUAAAAUGGAGUUAUUUAGAGUAAAACAUAGUGGAGAAAAACAAAGGCUUUACACGUUCUCUAUGCUAGGCUAAAACUAGGCUACGCUAACGUUAGCGGUUGCAGGCAAGUAGCAGUGGGGGGUUGGGGUUCUUAGUGUUCUAGGUUUCUAACGUGUUCGUGGUUGGUCAUCAUUGUUUGGUUGUGCUCAUUUGCAGCUCUGUGUAGGUAGUGUCUUCAGCGACGCCUGGUGUGUCUCCGGCCGGCCUCGCAGGCUCGGCCGCGCCGCACCGCGCUCCAGUAAGAGGUUUGUCCGGCAAAACAGGAGCAGGAUGUACAGACGCAUGGAGGCCAGGCAGGUUUAUAACCUGAUGCUUUAUCGUCAUAACCCAGCCGCCUCCUCCUCCUCCUCCUCCUUUUCCUCUCCUCGGCCUUCCCCGUCUCCCAUUUGUACACUGUUUUGCUGUGAAAUUGUACCUGUUAGUCGCCCAUGUUGUCUGACAGGUGCUGUGUAAACCGAUGGUUCUCAGACCAUCUGGAACGUUUGUGAGACUUUACAUGGGGAGGGGGUUGGGGGGAGCUGUAAGGCGGGGAUCUGGUGCAAGCGUGUCCCCUCUUCGCCUAAUCUUACUUGAUAGCAGAGCGGCGAAGAUCUCGGUCGCCGCGGGGGGCAGACGGGCGGGUCGGUGCCAUGCCGCCCAAAGGUGUGCGUGGUUGUGACCGUGUACGCUCGAGGCAGACGCAUGCUGUGACCUUCUUCAGGCUGCGCGGCAGUGUCGCGUCGCCAUCUUUGUUACUCUGUUGAACUCGUUCGCUUUCAUGUAGGUAAAACCAUUUGAAAGAGAACGCUGCGACUGAUAUUCUGAUCGUCGUUUGUGGAUUCGUGAACGAGCCCCUCUGGUUACUGAGCCUGCUUCACCAUCACAGAGGCUCAUGGCUCACUUUACACCACCACCACCACCAUCAUCAUCAUCAUCUUAUUUUGAUCACUGCCAAACUGGUGAGGAUGUGACUGUUGUUAGGGCGGGGCUGCUUCAUAGUAAGUAAACUUUAUUAUAAAGCGCCUUUCAAAGCAAGAGUUACGAGGUGCUGUACAAUGAAACCAUGAAAGAAAAUGGACACGAAAUAGAAAGUCAGAAACUGAGAAAGAGAAAAUUACGAUAUAAAGACAUUAAAACUGCACGAAAGGCAAACGCAGUACAAACCAAGUGCUCACGAAACAAGUGAAUUUUGAACAGCGUGAAACUCCACUGACUGCGUUUUGUUUUUUUUCUUUAGUCGCUCAGUUGUCAAGUAUGUUUGUAUUGUGCUGUGUACUAAGAGCGUGUACUAACACUGGCCUGUGUAGUGCAUACUAAAUAGGGGCCCUAAUAGGAAUUGAAUCACAGCUCAUGUGGAGGGGGUGGACUGGUCAUCGGAGAGGGAGAGAGGUGGACCAGUGAGGGGCCCUUCCCAGGUGCUCAGGCUGUGCAUUGGUGCUUUUUUUUCUGGGCCCCUGGCCCCGAGGUUGAGAUUUAUUUUUCAAGAGACUGGGCAAUUAAAUGAAUUGCAAAUAAGGAGUGGAUUGGAUUGGGCUAGUCCAGCCUUUGGUCUGUUGUUUUGGGAUCACAGUUUGGGACAGGACCCCCCUAUCCCCAUCCCCACUACAAACUGGUGUCUUCACUUUUUUAGAAUUAAGUGUGGCGGCAGUUGGACACCACCAGCCAAAAAUACAAGUAACUAGAGCGUCUCCCUUCAGGAUCAGAGAUGGAUUGUGGGGCUUUUCUUAAGCGGACACCAUGUUAGACCUGUAACGCAGAGGCCCCCAAACUCUGCAGGUGCGGCUCAGCGGCCAGGCCUCUCAGCAGUGUCUGAUUCUGUGGAGUGAACUUGAUGGGGCCUGGUGGAGCCCGCCCCUCGCUCUUCAGGCAGGGUGCUGUGGGACAGAUGAAGGUUGGAGGAGCUGUUGCGGGCUGGUCGGCGGGGUGGGGAUGGGACGGGGUUGCGGGCGGUGCUGUGGGUGUUGUGGGACAGAGAGCAGGGCAGGGACUUCACGGGACUUUGGAUCAGGUGUUAUCUUGUCAUUCAAGAAGAAGAAAAAAAAAACAGGAAAAACUAUUUUCAGUAGAUGUAGAAAUAUCCUUCGUUUACUCGUCACCUUAACACAAAGAUUCACACACUGCUUCUUUGUCUUGUGUUUCCUCCGUUUCCUCUCCUCCCACCGUUCUGUACGUCUUUAUUACCGAGUAUUAAACUAAUGCAACAACUGUUAUAUAUCAAAGCGGGAUCUUCCCUGUCACCCUUUUAUUUUAUUCUUCUUUUUUCCUUUCUUUCCUCUCUCGUGUCUGUUCUUCGUCCUGUUUGUAUCCUACUACUCCAGCACACACACGCGGAGCUGAAUGGCUUACUCUGUGCGCUUCGGGGAAAGAAGAGAAAAAAAAAUAUGAAUGAUGAUUUUUCUCUGUCAUUAAUUCUAAAUCUUGUUUCUGUUUGUUGUAUUAUGUCUGAGUAAAGGUUUUAAU